CACCCCCUCUUUUGAACAUGGCUGCCUGCGGGACGGUCGCAAUUUAAUACCGGUUUAAGUUAAGUGGAAAGAACAUUUUUAAAAAGAGCAACAGAAUUUUUAACACGCAUUGAAAACGGAUUAUUUAAAUCGAAGUUGGUAUGUUGUGUUAUUAGCAUAUUCAUUUUCUAAUAUACAUUUUUUGGCGUCUGAUCUAACUUAAGUUGUUUAUUAUAUUAUAAAAGUUUAGCAGUACACUAGAUUUAGAGACUAGACAGUCCGACACUACUACUACUCUACUUAGUGUACACUGUAAUAAUAACUGCAAGUAUGAUAAUGAUUGUAUGAAUAGGAAUGAACUGAUUCCACCGAAUGAAUAAUAUAAUUAUUAUAUCUAUAUUAUUAAUAAUAUUAAUAGUAAUUACAUUAUUAUAGCCUAAUUAUUUAAUAUUUUGUCAUGCUUAUGGCUCAUUUAUAAUUUAUAUUAUACUCAUUGUAACCUAUUAAAUUUAAAUCCUUAACCAACCAGUCUUUCUUAAGUCUUAACUCUUAACUUAAGCCUAAGAUUUAAGUUUAAAAAGUAGUAAAUUAGUUAAGUAAUUAGGCCCUAAGUCCUAGAUUUAAACAAAGUAACAUUUGCAUAGCCUUAGUCCUAAGUCCUAAGUCUUAAUAAAAUAACUCUCAGCCUUACCUAGGUCCUAGGCUAGGCCAACCUAAAAAAAAAGCCCAAUUGAGAUAAGGAGUGGUUAUUCACCAUUUAUCGGUAGUAAACCAUUUAUGGGUAAUAAACCAUUUAUCGGUUGGGAAUAACGCUGAAUGUUAUACACUUAUACACAGUUGCUGAACGCUAUACACAGCUGGCUGGGAACUUGAGCAUUAUUUCAAACCGACUGUAUAAUAAUAAUAGUGUCAUCUUAUUAACGUAUCCAGAAAUUUGAUCGAAAGAAAAUUUGGUAAAAUCUUUUUUUCAGUUUUUUUGUUAAAAUUUUGCUUCAAAAAGAAAUUUGAUGAAAUUUUUAACUUGCGAACUGAAAAAAAGAUUCUAUCAAAUUUCUGUUCGUUCAAAUUACCGUCGAUCAAUUUACAGUUGACAAAAUUUCUUUCUAUCAAAUUUCCGGUAACCUCAUAUUAAAGUAUUAAAGUCUGUUAUAAUUAAAACAAAUUAUAAAUUCAAUAAUUCAGUGCAGCCCAUAAUUCCUCUACAUUCUUUUUUUGCUAGCAGUAGUAAACCAUUUAUCGGCUGGGAAUAAUGUUGAGCAUUAUACACAGUCGGCUGGGAAUGCCUCCCAUUGUUAUAUACUUGUGAAAGAAAAAGAAAGUGGGAGGUUGGCGGGUGGGGGUCCGACUAGUCUGAAAGUUAUGUCACUUAUGAUGGAAUUCACCUAUAGAGAAACUAAGCUAAGUGAAAUCAUAUGAUGCAUUCAUUAUUUAAUGCAAGGAUCAUCCUAUUAUUUUUUUUUCUGUCAGAUAAAUAUCUGAGGAAAACUUACUGAAUCAAGGCAGGCUUUAAACAAGCAAUCAUCUCGCAGACAGCCAUGUCCAGUGUAUUGGUUGUGUUUCGUCUUACCAGAUUGGUGUCUGUGUCUGCACCUCUGGCUCAAACUCUUAGUGUGAGUAUUUAUGAAGUCAUUCAUUUUUUAUGGGUAUUUCAAACUGUUUGUCCAGUUUCAUCACAAAAUAAACAGUAAUGUUAGUAAGUAGUGAAACGGACUAUUAGUAGAGUACCUCAAAAUAGUUCAGAGGUUAUACAAAUUUUUAAACUUAGGGCAGGGGGCCAUCUAUAAAUGAUAUGCUUCUCUUCUUCUUCUUCUAUAUCUUAAGGGCCCACGAUCAAUUUAUUGAUCAUUUUGGCUCCUAUGCAUGUAGAUGGGAUUUGCCAUGUUUCUGUUACUGGUGGUGAUGAGGAAAUUAUGCACUAGGGGUUUGAAGGCUUGAGGCAAUAGACACAAAUGUGUCUAGUGUUGUCGCCUCAACUGUUCCUUUUGAAAGAUGGUUCCAGUCCCUGAUUGUCUUGGGCAGGAAUGAGCAGCUCCUAUACUGGCUUCUUGCUGGUAUGAGCCUGAAUUGCCUGUCAUGGCCUCGUCGCUGUCUAUGGGGGAGAGGGACGAGUUUCUGUUUAAUACUGGAACAGUGGACCAGCCCAUUAUUUAUCUUGUAAAUCAUGGAGAGCCUGGAUUGUCGUCGUCGUUUCUCCAAUGGUGACCAGCCUAGUGUUUCUAGCAUGCUGCCAACACUAGAGGUAUUCCUGUAGCGGUUUAGGACAAGUUGGGGGAGGGUCACAAAUUUGUGAUGAUGUAAUGCGAGGGAGUCUAAAAUUGUGUAAUGGGAGGGGAGGGUAGUUGAAAUCUACAAAACUAGCAAAACUAGUGGAGCAAGAUAUGUUUGGAACUGAAAAUAAAAGACAAGACAUUAAGCUGACCAUUCAGCUAGGUGCCUUCUUCAGCAGACACUACAAUUGAACGAGAAGCCAAAAUAGUGUAGCAUCCAUUAUGAUUUGCGUCUAAUUGAUCUUCAUUUACAUAGAUAAGUUUGUUCAAUUGUUCCACCUCAGCUGAACCUUUCAGUUUUCAGAUAUUUUUUUGCGUUUGCCUCACAUUUUAUACACAAAUACAGUAAAAAAAAAUAUUUUUUUUAUGGUAUGAAUUUUGUUCUAGAUUUUAUAAUUUUGUUAAAGGACAAAUUUAAACUAAAGAGUACCCAUGCACUACUUAUUAAGUAAUUAUAUUUUUAACUUCCUUUCCUCUUAGCAUAACAUUUCCUGCCAGUUCCAUCCAUGUCCUGCCAAACAUUUCUCAACCUCACCUUCAUCACGAAUGUCUUCCUCACCUAAACCUCUUGACCCAGGGGUAUUUUAUGAAGCAGUAAAGACUUCAGGGGUUAAUUUUUUCUGUGGAGUGCCUGAUUCAUUGCUUAAAGGUAUUGUAUGCUAAUUUCAAUUGUAUACAUACUUAGAUUUUUAAACUUUUAAUAAGCACAUUGACAAAUUUUGAAGCACUCAAUUUCAGAAUAAGUUUAAACAUGUUUAAGCUGCAAAGUUUCUUUAAGAAAAUAACAUGCACAACUCUUUUUCAUUCCCAAACUUUAUCGCAGCUUUCCUAAAUUAAUUUUGAUUCUAGAUGAAAAUUGCUGUUUUGAUAAAUUUGUGAAGCCCAUUGAAAAUGGGGCUCUGUUUAAAAGUAGAAUUAUUUUAAAUCUCAUUAUUUUUCAUUUUGUAAUAUUUAACACACCUUAGAAAGACUUGGGGGGAAAAAAACUGUUAAAGCCAUCUAAAUUGACAUAUUAUUGAAAAUAUGUUGUUAAAAGCCCUGAAGUUAAUUAACUAUUGAUUGUUAAGGAUCAAUAAUUCCCAAUCAAAACAGCUUAUGUUAAAACACACAAACUGUGUUGUGCAAUGUGUGAUUAAUUAAGGUUUCCCACAUUUAGAAAGUAGUUUCUUCGUUUAUCUUAUAAAGCAACCCCAUGCAGCUAUUCUCUGCUGCAAGAGAAUUAACCAGAGUUUUUGUUCAAAACAAACGACUUUAAAUCUUUUGACAUUAUUUGUAUUAAUUAACUUGGAUCUGUAAUUAUAAUAUUCAAAGCAACAAAAUGCUGGCUUUUAUUUUAACAAAUAACCAAGGACAAGAAUAUAAUAUUGUAAGAAACAAUUCUAAGAUGAAUUGAAAAAUAGAAAUAUUCAUUUCUGUUUCACUGGAGACCAGUGGCUCCCCAAGUGGGUGGUAGGGUGUGCUGUGCGAGCGCAUCCGGAAAUCGCUCAAAACCAAUGUUUACUAAGGAAUUUUUGUUUGAAUGGAAGUAAGUUGGAGCUGAAAUUUGUUCAAAGAAAUAUUUUUUCAAAAGGAAAUAAUGUGGGAAAAGACAAAUGUAAAUUUUAUUUUGAAAUGUAAUUUUCCCCGUUUCAUCUUCCCUUAAAAAUUCUAAAAACAAAAAAUCUUGGUUGAACAAAUUUCAUUUCAAACUCACUCCUGCUGAACUAACUUCAAACAACAAUUAAUUUUAAAAUAAAAAAAAUUGAUUUCAUAUUAGUUUCAGGUACCAGCUUUGUUAACAUGAAAAGAAGAAGCAGAAUGUUUUGUAAAAAGUGAAAAAAAAGAUACAAAGAUUUUUCUUUCCACUGUACAGCAGUGGUUCCCAAAGUGGGUGGUAGGGUGUGGUUUGUAAACAUUAAGAGGAGAGCAGUAAUGAUUUUAGCUUCAUCUAAGGCAGUGGUUCUCAACCACUCGGGGUUUGCCUUUCAGUGUCAGCGAUCACUUGAUAACUGAAAUAGUAAGAUUUAUAUUUUAUGUGAGAUAAUCAUCUAUUUAGUUUUCCUUUUGUAUAAAUAAAAUAGAUACCAUAUAUGGACAUACGGUAUUGAACGUAAUUAAAAUAUAUUAAUAUUUAACUUUUUUCUGAUUAUGUGUGGUGUAACAAAAGUUUGAGAUUGAAAAUAAUCUUUAUUUCUUAUCAUGAGAUCUGAUUUUCUACCCAUUAUUGAACCAUUAUAGUUUUAAACAUGGAGUUGAAAACAAAAGAUUGUUUUACUCAUGUAUAUGCAAAUAUCUCAAAGUAAAUUUGCUCUCUGUAGCCAAUCAAUAAACUUUUGACAUCUGCCAAUAACUGACAAUCUUCUGUAUUUUAUAGCUGCAUGAGUCUCUGUUUAUUUAUUGCUGGAUGUUCUUAAAUAAUGGUUUCUUCAACUCUUUAUCUCAUAUUUCAAAACCUCUUGACAAACAGUAACCUAGACAGAUGUUGUAUCUUUGCUUUCCUAAAAUUGAUUUGUUGUCCUAAAUUUCCUAUUUGAGGAUUAACAUUUCAAAGAAGAGAUAAGUUUCAGAUUUUUCGAUGUUGUCUGUUUACAGAAAUAAGUAUCAUGGGUUCUGUAAGUAGUUUUAGCUGAAUAAUACCAAGAAAACCCAUGAGAAGUUCACUAAAGGCGCCCUCAGGGGCGUACACAUUUCGCUGUAAUAAAGGAGUUGACCCAAGUUUAGAGCUGUCUUAAGCCACUGAUUUAUGUUCCCUCUUGCAUGGUGUCUUAAGGCUGAAUUCUUUGGAAACACAUUUUUUAUCUAUCACCAACUGGCUUGUCAUAAGGCUGAAGGCUUUGAGAGACUUAUAUGUUAUCUAUCACCAACUGACUUUUUGCCUAUAAUUAUAUUUCAUUAUUUCAGAUUUUUGUGCAUAUGUUACUAGUAAUGCUUCUGAAAAAGAUCAUGUGAUUGUAGCGAAUGAAGGUGCUGCUGUUGCAUUGGCCAGUGGCUACCAUUUAGCCACAGGGAAAACUGCUAUGGUCUAUUUGCAGGUAUUCAUUUUAAUAAUACUUUAGAGAAAUAUAAUAAAAUUUCCCAAAACAAACUAAUAAACACAAACUUAUGAAGUUAUCUUACUACUUUAUAUUGUUUGGGAGACAUUUUUGUGUGUGUUUAUUAAAGUCUAUGAAAUAAGCCCAUUACCUGCCAGUAUAAUUCUAAUAAACUUGUAAACGUCUUUUAAGUAAUCAUCUUGACUUGCCUGUCAGAACUCAGGUCUUGGGAACAUGGUAAAUCCCCUGAUGUCUCUUGCCAAUCCAGCAGUCUACAGUAUUCCUAUAUUGCUGCUUGUUGGCUGGAGAGGAGAGCCAGGAAUCAAAGAUGAGCCUCAGCAUAGGGCACAGGGAGGAAUAACUAAAAACUUGCUAGGUAGGUUGUUUUUUUCUCCCGUCAAUAUCUGUUUUACUCAAUGCAAGCAGCUAAAAAUUAGCGGGAAGAAAAAAGUUUUAAAAAUGUAGACUGGGAAUUUAGCAUAAAACUGUCAGUGCUGUUUCUCAUUUUGUUGAGUUUUAUGUAAUUUUUGUAUCAUUACGUUCAUGGAGGAAGGCAUUCAGCCUAAUCAUUCAUUUAUUAUUGAGCUACAACAUACCUUGUCAUUAAUAUUUCUUUCAAGAUUUACUAGCAAAAAAGUUUCUUUUUCUAGAGUAGAAAAAAAAAAAAAUUCAUAAUUGUUACCAUAACUUAUUUCAUGGGUGACAACUCACAAUAAACACUUCAUCUCUGCUUUUCAGCUUAAAUCAACAUUUCUUUCAGGGAAUGUAAUAGUCAGGGCUUUAAUUUAGGAAUCAAUUAAUGUGUUUAUCCCUGUCAAUAAAAUUUCAUUGACAGGGAUAGUUAUUCCUCUUUUUUGAAAGUAACUCAACCCUUCAACACCUCCUGAAAGAAGUUCUUGUAUCAUUACAAAACAAUUCACACUGUGUUAUUUUACUACAGAAUGUAUGGACAUACCUUGUGCUGUCCUCCCGAAGGAUCAAGAUGAAAUGAAGGCUGUAAGUUUUAUUAUGUGCUACAUUUUCCGUCCCUUAAAAAUAACUUUACAACAUACACCAUUUAUAUACCAUUUAUAUUAAAUACCAGUGUUUAUUUUGAAAUCUGCUUUCUUUUGAACAGGUAGUUUUAAAAAGUGACAGAGUUGUUAAAAACAUAAUUUGAAGAAGUUUACAUUGUUCAAAUGGACUUGUUUCUUUUGCAGCUGUUGAAGAGAGCUCAUGAUCACUUUGAGGAGAAGAGAUCACCAUUUGCCCUGUUGGUCAAGAGUAAAACAUUCUCAGCCUGCAAGCUGAAGACUUCAAAUGAUAACAAGUAAGUUGAUUGCCUCUGGCUGUAGUAUUAGUCAACUUGUGUACUUGUCCGCAAAUUAAAGCUCACCCAGAGAUCCCUCAACUGUAACACCAAUGGCCGAGAUAGUUGGCUACCUUGUAAACUUUCUUAAAAGCAUUGCAUGAUUGAUGCUUAAAGUAUACAGGAGAACCCGGUUAUGUCGACCACCUCGGGGUUUGCCAAAAAGCUUCGAGAUAACCGAUGAUCGAGAUAACCGAAAACCAAUAUGGCGGCAAUGUAUUAACAUGUGCUUGAAAUUUCUUUAUGUAAUUGAUGGGCAUUAAUAAAUGCAGGUACUUAGUAAAGAAGAAAAAUAUUUCUUUUUUAAAUAGUACAGUUAUUUAAGAUAAGAUAAGAUUCUUUUAUUGAUCCAAACAAAUGGAAAUGAUUUUUAAUUGCAUUGUACAUUUUCACCACAUAAAUAAAACAAUUUUAACAUUAUUUAUUAAGCGACUUAAAAGAAUCGACACAACCAAGGAGAAAAUGCUAAGACAAAGAGAGAAUUUGGCGGUUCCACUUCAAAAACAUCACCAUAACAGGGUUGGCGAGUUAACCGAGGUCGAGAUAGUCGGGCUCGACUGCACUUCUAUUUUGUUAUAUUAACAAACACGAACAGUAUCUUAAUUAUAUUCCUCCCCUCAACUCCCUUGGGUAAAGGGUAUAAGCAGAGGCACAAAUCUUCUACCACUUACGGCAGAAGACAACAGCCAACUUGAGGGUGAUGGGAAUCGACUGUCUUAGCUCUUUUGACAAGGAAAAACCCACACAAUUAUUUUUAUUACACUUUGAAUAAUCACUUACAAUUUCUGUUACUUUUUCCUACCAUCAUGAUUGUAAUUGUUUUUGUUUCUCAAAAUUCUUGAAAGAUAUAUUUCUUACCAAGACUGAGCAUUUAAUUUCAUCAUCAAUCCUUUCAUUAUGAUAGUUUUCCACUCACAAGAGAAGAGGCGUUGUUCAAAGUUAUCAACUGCCUGGACGAAAAUGAUGCUGUUGUGGGUACCACUGGAAUGCUGUCUCGGGAGCUGUUUGAAUACAGGUAUAUACAGUGGUUUAGGGUUGUCUUUUUUUGCCUUAGAGGUUAGGGGCCAUCUAUAAAUGAUGUCAUGCAUGGGGGGGGCUAUGAUUUGUGGUGAUGUAUUGUGGGGGUUUCUAAAUAUUAAGACAAAUGUGGUCAGGGGAUCCAAAAAUUUCCAAAAAUAGUCUGAUGACCCCUACUACAUACACCUUGAUGUUGCUUUAUCUAUGACAGUAGUUAACAAACUUGGUCUUCUAAUAAGUCACUCUUUAAAUAUCAGCUUUUAUUAUUUCAUGAAAUGGGAAGUGCGCCAAGAAUUUUUUAAUAGUGUAUGAAUGAAAUAAAGCAAAACUAGUUUCAAAUUUAAAAAAAACACUAAAUCACUGAUUCAGCUCUAUACAUUAAAAAAUCUGCUCCAUUCAUUUUUUUAAAGAAAGUAGAAUCAUUAAAUUGAGAUGGUUAUUUUUGAAGAAUAGUUUCAGUUAUUUUGUGCCUAUAUUGGUAUCAUGUAAUUGGAUUGGUUCAUUUUAAAAGCACCCUGUUGACAUCAACUAUGUUCAGGGUACGAUUAGGUUGAUGCUACUUUCAUUCUAUGGCACUUCGUGUUUGGACUCACACAAACAUCAAUAUCCACAUCAUCAAUCCACUGUGCUGGAGGUAUAUUGAUGAGCCAUCUGCUCCUUGGUAUCUGUGGAUACACCAUCCUGACUCCUCUGUAAUCUAUCAUCCCCUCCAGAUGUCCCAUCCAGUGCAGUCUUUCAAUUCCCACCACUGUUGAUGUGUGCUCAUAUUUACUUCUUGAUCAGUGUGUAGUUUCCUUCCAUUAUAAUCUUUCAACGAUUUCAACAAACUCCCUACUAACUUUUGGUGGAACUUUACACUUUAGGCUUUUAUUACUUUUUGCAGUAUUGUUUAAAUUUACACACUUGUAAAUAAAAAUUUAUUUUCUUUUAAAAAUAUAUUGCAACACUAUCAUUUUACUUGAAAAAACUUGCAACUAUUGUCACUAAUGUCACAGGGUUUCUAUGAAAAUGGGUCACGCCAGAGACUUCUUGACUGUAGGAUCUAUGGGACAUGCCUCGGCUAUAGCUUUAGGAAUUGCUCUUCAUAAAAAAGAUCGUCAGGUAAAAUUCAGAUAUUAAUAUUUUGUAACAAUUCACUAAAUAAGGACCGUUUUAGUUUUAAGCACAGUUUUGUAAUAAAAAGAAAAUUGAUUUAACCAUGUGGAGGUUCUUCACUAAUUUGUUGCUUCUUUUAGAAAUUACUGGCAAGACCACAAGACACUUGAUAUUCAUAACUUGCAUCUAUUGAAUUUAUUUUUUACUUCUGUACUGUUGUCCAUUGAAUGCUGAGGAUAACUUUUUUUUAUCACAGUAGAUUUCUGUUCUCUGUUAAAAAAUUGUACUAGAAUUCACAUUUGUGUGACUCCUACAGGUAUUCUGCUUGGAUGGUGAUGGUGCUGUACUCAUGCACAUGGGUACACUGGCCACCAUCGGCCAGCAGGGUCCACCUAACUUGAAACAUAUUGUUUUCAACAAUGGUGCCCACGACUCUGUUGGGGGGCAGCCGACGGAAGCUGCAAAUCAUGAUGACUUUGACUUGUGUGCCAUUGCCAAGGGAUGUGGUUACAAAGAGGUGAGAGUUGUAGACUUGACUCACCUCCAAACUUAGCUCAGAAGCCAGUCAUUGGGAAUAAUGUUUGUGUAAAUGGAUUUGUAAAUUAAUAAUAUUCAUCUAUAUGUGGUGAAAAUAAUUUAUUUACUAAAAAAUAUUUUUUCAGUUUUAAAAAAAAAACCAACAGAUUAUGAUUUGAUUUCAUUGUACUAAAUUCCUAAAUUACAGAAUUUUAAAAUUUAUUUGCAUUCAUUUCAUCCCACGGCAGGUGUUUGUUGCCAAAACAGAGCAGGAAAUUGAAGAGAAAGUCCAAUACCUUCACAAAGCAAAGGGUCCCAUACUAUUGGAGUUAAAGGUCAAACUGGGCUCGAGGUCUGACCUAGGAAGACCAACCAGAACAACUCAUGAAAACAAAGAGGAUUUCAUGGAUUUCUUACGGGUUUAAGUACUUACGUUACUUUGCUUUCAGCAUGACAGUUUUAUAAGAUGUUGCCUGUGCAUCAGUGUUUUGUUUCAAGAGUGGUUCUCUCAACUGUUUGCCUUAAUGGGAUUUUUUUUAUUACUAUUAUUUGGUUCGUAUGAUAUUGGGGUAUCAUCUUUGUAUGGUUGUUCAUUUAAAUGAUAUAUUACAUAUCUGUCUAAAAAAAACUUAAUUUAUAACUAAUGGCUGUGUUUAAUUUAUAUUUAUACUUAAAAUUAAUGCAGAAAAGCUAUUUAAUUGAUAAGAAAACAUAUGCUAUAUUAUGUAAAAAUACUUUAUUGAUAAAAAAUUUGGUACUUGAAGGAAUUUUGUUCAAAUAAUUUUUAUGGGGAUUUUCUGUUUACAAAGAAUGUAAGAUAUAUUUAAUGUUUCCCCAUACAUCAAAUGACAUUUUAUUGUAGUGCAAAAAUUUUGACAAAUAGUAUUAGCUUGUACAUGACGAAGUUUCAUUUAUGCUUAUAUGUGGGUUUGUGCAUUGAUUUUACUUUUUAUGUUUGACAUACAUUCAACUGGGUCUGUCGUAAAAGCCAUACAGUCAUAUGAUUUUUUUUUUAUUUUGAGAGUCGUAGUUGUGAAAGAUCAGUGGCCACAUCAUGGCUUUUUUUUUUUUUUUGCUUGAGUUUCUAAAAAUUAUAAUUGUUAAAUUAUGCCUCAUAUUCUUAAUUUUAUUAUUUAUAUUUUAAAGAAUAUAAGUGCAAAAACUUUGUGGUAUUUUUAUUUUUUUUUUUUUUUUUUUUUUUUUUGCUUGAGUUUCUAAAAAUUAUAAUUGUUAAAUUAUGCCUCAUAUGCUUAAUUUUAUCAUUUAUAUUUUAAAGAAUAUAAGUGCAAAAACUUUGUGUGAUUUUUAUAAAGAUUUAAAUUUAGGAUACCAAAUCCUAAAUUUUAGUGAAAUUCCAGUAGUAAGCUUUUGUUUGACUAUUAAUACCGGGUUACUUUGGAGUCAGUAAGUUUUUAUUUAGAGUAUUUUAAGCCUGUUAGUAUAAUCAUUUUUCUUAAUCUGAACUAUUCCCACAGCACAUUGAGUGAGCCCUAACGUUAUGUUACAGAAAGAAAUGCAAUUUUUUGCAUUGUUAAAGCUUGGUUUGUCAACAAUUUUAUUAUCAUUAUUAUUAGUGGUUUUUAUAUCGUGCGGUACCCCAGCCUAGGGCUGGGCUCACCAUGCGGUACAUUCAAUUUAACAAAUGUAAUCAUGAGCUUAAAAAUUAACAUCCAUUAAUUAAGUAAAAACAAUCCAUUGCAAAGUGACCUUGCCCUUGAUUGCUGUGCAAAAUAAGAUUUUUUUUUGUUUACAUCAGUACUUAAUUCACAAAAAGUUAUUUAACUUUCUUGUGUUUUACCCAUGAAGUAAGAUUACAGUGAAGUAAAAAUGGAGUAGUAAAAUUACUUAAUUUUAUACAGUAGUUUAAAAGAGACAUAUUUUAAAAUUUUGUUUUCAUGUUUCUUUAAAUUAGAUCUGGUUCUGCUUUUUUAGUUUGUGUGCCAUAUUUAUAAUAUUAAUGUUGCAUAUGUAUUUUUUUCAUUCUGUUUUCAGAAUUUAAAUGUACUUUAUUUUCAAGCUCUUUUUAUUUUUAAAAAAAAAAAGAAUAACAGAGACUAGGAAACAUUUAACUGAAUACUGUGCUGUCUUGCAUUCUCAAAAGUUUCUCUUAAGCAUUUGAAUGUGAUAAUAGUAUAUGAGGUAGCAUCUUUGCAGCAUCUGUUGAGAGUGAAAACAGUUUCACCCAUUUUACACAUUUGUUGUUCUAUGCAUGCGUACAUAUACAGUAUUUAAGACACACAAGCAUUCAAAGCACAACUUUCAAAACUUAUCAUUUCUGAAAUGUCAAUUGCCAUGGAGUGUGUUCAAAUAUUGGUAAAACAGAGUAGCUUGCUCAUGGUAAACAUUAUUUUUCUUUAGUACCUCAUGACAGUUAUUAGUCUACAUUGUUCUAUGCCAGUUUUUUCAGUCUGUUUUGCUCUAUGCCAUUCUAUUCUGCUCUAUGCCAGUUCUGUCUACAGUCUCCAAAGCUGCUUUUUUUAAAAUUUGGAACACAAAAAAAAACUGAUUGAGGAUGUACCCUUUUUACAGGAAAUAUAGCACUUUCAAAUAAGACCCUAGAAGAACACAUUUCCCUUGGACCAGCUACUCUCUUAGACCAAUAUUAGGUCAUGUUCCCCUGUAUCAGUAACAGAAAUGGAACAAUAACAAUUUUUACUUUACACACAUUGUCAUUCUCAAAUCAUGUUUGUUUUAUCACUUAGUUAUUAAACCGGGGGUUGUCAGACCUAUCUUUAAAAUACCCAGUAUUAAAGUUUGCAUCGAAAUCCACUUAUAGAUCAUUCAAUGAAUGAAACUUACAUGAACGAAGCACGUUGUUCUCUUGUACUGAAAAGUAAAGGUGUUUCCAACAUCAUCAUACUCCCCCCCCCAUCAUGAUCAAGUAACAUUCCACUUAUGAUUCUCCUGGUCAUUAAAAAUUGCUUUUUGUAUUUAAACAUUUUAUUAUGCUGUGUUAAUUAAUUUCAAAAGAUAUGGCUCAAAUUCUUAUCUUGACUUAGUGUUGUUGCCCGAUUUAUCCCCGAUUAUUUUUACAUAAACUUAAGCAUAACAAAAUGGCUGAGCAUAAUUUCAAGUUUCUCUUAUAAUCUUAUUUUGAGAGAAUAUGGCAAUACUUUUUUUAUAUUUCUUAAUUUUGUUAAAAACUCUACAUGCAAUUAUGGUAAUCUUGAUCGGUUUAAAAAAAUAAUUUGGGCUCUCUACAGGGACUAUUUUGAUUUUAAAAAAUAAAAAUAAUUCCUUUGUAUUUUAUUUGCCAAUUUCUAUGUGUUAAUUGUUUUAUCAAGUUGUACAAAUAUUUUUUUAGAAAUUGAGGAGCAUGCUUAACAAAUAGUAUGACUUAGUAAACUAAAUUUUACUUCUAAAUAAGCAAGUAUUUUAAGCAUCAAUUCACUCUUUGCUCCCAUUUUAAAUUGCAAAGGUUAUACGUAAAUUCUUCCGCAGGCCUGGUUACACUGGAACUCCCAAAAUAGAAAAAUAGUCUCAGAAUAGUGCUUUACCAUUUCAAAAUCGUACAAAUGCCAUGAUGUAUUAGUAAAUUAACAGACAAUAUAAUGUAUACAAUGACAUCGCAUGUCUAAUAAAGGUCACUGUAAAAGUAGAUGACUGACGUUUAUGUAUGUACUACCAAAUAUACCAAGUGUUUCCCAGGAUUGCAUUUGGAAAAAACAAUUUCUAAAGCCUUUUAGAUAACAUCUAAAGUAACAGUACUCUACAAAAAACAUGUCACUAAAGAAAAAUACAAAAUUUAAAUUUUCACCUUCAAAAUGCACAUUUAAAACAACUUUUGUAAACAUUACGUUCCCCGAUGGGAUCCCGUUCUCUUGUGUGUUCCCGUUUGAUAAACUUCCAAAAUUAUCUUUAUUUCUUAUUCCAUAACAUUCGAUGAAAAUCAUUGAAAGUUAUGGAAACAUAAACAUAAAAAGGACAUUUAUACAAUCUUAAAGCAUUUUAAAUUUUAGAAAAAAUUAAAGCUGUAGAAUUAGCUAAAUAUCUUCAAGAAACUUAUAAAAAGAUAACUAAGCAACAAUGUGAAAAUCCCCUUCGGUUUUGAAUAUGAAUAAAGUGUAAGAGUACGAGUUUGGUCAAGAUCCAAAAGCUAUGUUUGAAAUUUUAUUUAUUAGCUCAAAUAAGAAAAAACCCAAUUUAGUACCAUUUGAUAGAUGAAGAUGUGAUGAGGGAGUGCACCAAGCAUAAGUGGGGUUUGAGGAGGAGGCUGAGCCCCCUUCCUAGAAUUUUUAAAUUCAUAAUGCAUGUAAAAUUGUUUUAUAAUUUAUUGCUUAUUUCUAUCUAUAUUUUUAUGUCUAUCAAAAAAAGGGGCAGGUCACUGAAAUUGCCCGUACUUUCCCAAAAAAUGAUCAAGCAUUAAUGCCAAAAAUGAAAAUCGCCAACAGAAUGCAGAAAUAAGUUCCUUUGUGAUACAUCCAGAGGCCACACCCCUGCAUUGAGCCUAGGAGGAGCCUGAUUUUAACUUAUGUUAACAUAUUAUAGUUAAUAACCACAGCAAGCUGUAAUGGGAGCCAGGAAGAGAAGUAAUGGGAGCCAGGAAGAGAAGUAAUGGAACAAAACUGGGUUAUAUGAAUCAUUUAACAGCUUAGUGACUUCUAAAAAUAGAUUUCAAAAUCUGCUCUGCUGCUGUGCAGUUGAGAGUCCAUUUGCUUUUAUGUAUAUUUUUUAUUCCAUCAUUUUUUAACAACUUAUUUGUAGAAUGCCAUGUUAGAAUUUACAUUUAAUUAAUAUAUCUGGUCCUGUGCAAAUAUAUCUACACAAAUUUCAACAAUUUUUGAUACCAAAGAUGGCAUAAAUAAGAUGCCAGAUUUACCCUUUACAACCUGUUAUGUUUUAGAUCAGUUUUGCCCCUUAUCUUUUAAAGUACUUUGGAACAGUAAUGUAAUGUCUUGAUGUGGAAAUCUAAUCAACAUUUAAAAUUUUAUUGAAAUUAUGCAAAUUUUAUGAAUCCAAUAUGACAUGUUUUUUAAAAUUUCCAUUCUUUCUCAUUAUAAUUAUAUAUAUAUGUAAU